GUCGAAAUCGAUUGAAUAAUGAGUCUGUCCGCCUUCAGCAAGCAUGCGAAUCUUUCGCUAGUCAAAACGGAACAACAGGCAGGCAGCCAGCCUGUCGCUUCUAUGCACACGCACCAUCCACAUUCACACGCACAUGACCCCUCACAGGCAGGCCACCCCGCACAUGCUGCACAACAAACAGCAAUCCAUACAUCCAGGCGAAACCUCUCUCUACUCAAUCUAGAUAUCUAUCGAUCACUCUAUCAACUACUGCAGCCUGGAGGUGACGCUGCUGCUGCUGGCCCCCUCUACUGCCGUGCUCUCCGCCACUUUGGCUGACUGCUGCAGGGGGGCGUUGUCCCACAGGGUCGUCACCGGCGCGUCCGACGCAGCCACAGACGACACAACUUGCUCGGCCUUGACGCACACCUCGGCCGCUAUCGACUGGCGGUAAUGAGAGAACAAAGGCAGAGGUAGAGGCACACACAGGUGGGUGGCUGGAUGUGUGUGUAUGUGUGUGUGUGUGUGUUACGUCGAUGUCUUUGGUGCCGUCGAUGGCAUGCCAGUAGGGCUGUGUGCUGAAGUGCAUAUAGCUGCUGUACACCCGCCGCUGGAUCUCCAGCUUCUCGUAACGCUCCGCACCUACGGGACAACAUAGGCAGGCAACAAACACAAGACACACAAUGAAUGCUGCUCUGCUUGUGCCGUGCUGGAUGUGGUGCUGUGGGUGCCGGCCGAGCUUACUUACUGACUCACUCACUCACCGUAUCCCUUUCGCCUAUUGGCCUCUUCUGGCGACACGUCGAUGUAGAAGACCGUGUCGGGCGCUAUCAAACCACUGUCGGCGUUCUUGCACCACUCCAGAGGCAAACCCUGCACACACAAGACAACAAGGCAGCAGGCAGCUGUGUGUGGUUCAUGUGUGAUGAUGGUACACAACAAACACGUGAGGUGAGCUGACUGACCUCGGCUCCCGACGAGUAUGCGACGCCCGAGAAUGCGUAUCGGUCCGAUAUGACGGUCGUGCCAGACAGCACCGCCGCCUGGAUCUCACACCUGCACACAUGGGAGUGGUGGCGCAUCCAUCGCACACGUACACACACGGUGAGUAGCAUGGUGCACUGCACUGCACCUGCCCUGUGUGUGGUGCAGUGGUGUCAUGGCAAGUGCUGCUCAGACUCACUGUUUCUCCCAUCUGUCGGACGAGAAGAGGUGGUGGCAGGUGCGCUUGGUGAAGUCGAUGUCUUUGCGCAGGAAGGCGUCUAUCAGCUGGCCCAACGGACCUUCACGAUCUGAAUGAACCAUACCACACACACACGGACAGACACGCCAGGCCAUGUCUGUGUGUGUGCAGGGACAAUGGCUGGCUGGCUGGCUAGCUGCCUGCCUGCUUGUCUGGCUGGCUUACUCGGGAAUCGGAUAGCCUUGACGUCGUGCCCCUUGUCCUUGAGACUGGCGGCCAGCCGCUGGGACUGCGAACUCUUACCCGACCUGCACACACACACACACACACACCGAGAGAGAGAGUGGUGCUGGUGCAAUCAGUGUUCGUCCUCCCUCCCUCCCUCCCAUGUCUGUCUGUCUGUCUGAUCAGACCUGUCGAGUCCCUCGAAGACGAUGAAUGCACCUCGUGGCAUCGCUCCCACACACGAGGCGCCCCUCUGCUCACGAUGUACACUCCGCCUGCUGCCGACACGCUGCACCAAAUAGCCCGGCGAGGCUUUGCAGAGUGUCUGAAACAGCAGGCCGCUGCCGCCCUGCCGGUUUAGUGACGCCGCCCCUGAGCUGGUCAACCACACCAGCAAGAGCAGCAGGAGGCACCAGAGGGCGCUGCUCGUCCGCAGCAAGUCAUCCCAUGAGCAGCCGCGUGGAAGAUCUGGCAUCCGUCGAGCGGGGAUGAUGGAAUGGCAUCGUUUGGGAGUCCAGUUCAGGUGAGGUGCGCUUCUC